GAUCGGAUCGGUCUCAUAACGAGACAUGUUACUACUGAAACCUUUGCGUACAAAGUCUUAAAGUCAAAUACCUACUUGUAAAAGUCGAAUGCAUACUGUGAGAGUCCGAGUGUGGAGAGGAAAUAAGUUUAAAGAUGUCUGUCAGUAAUCACGAAAACCGAAAGUCAAGGUCUAGCUCCGGGUCUAUGAACAUUCAUCUGUUCCACAAGACGUCACAUGCAGACAGCCUACUUACCCACCUCAACCUUCUCCGCAAGCGACGGGUCUUCACAGAUGUGGUCUUGCGUGCUGGACAUCGGGCUUUCCCAUGCCAUCGGGCGGUGCUGGCCUCAUGUAGCCGCUACUUUGAGGCUAUGUUCAGUGGUGGCCUGAAGGAGAGCCGUGACGCCGAAGUCAACUUCCAUGACUCUUUGCACCCUGAGGUUCUGGAGCUUCUGCUAGACUAUGCCUACUCCGCCCGGGUCAUCAUCAACGAGGAAAAUGCUGAGUCUCUGCUUGAGGCUGGCGACAUGCUCCAGUUCCAUGACAUCCGAGACGCCACAGCAGAGUUCCUGGAGAAGAAUCUGCAUUCGUCCAAUUGCCUUGGGAUGAUGCUUUUGUCAGAUGCUCAUCAGUGCCAGAGAUUGUAUGAGCUCUCUUGGCAGAUGUGCCUGGCAAAUUUUGCUAAUCUGUACCACACGGAGGACUUCCUGAGCCUGCCAAAAGAUAAAGUCCAGGAGCUCGUUUUUAGUGAGGAGUUGGAGGUAGAGGACGAAAGUAUUGUGUAUGAGGCUGUUAUUGACUGGGUAAAAGCAGAUAUUGGGAGGAGACAUCUUGAUCUUCCUGACCUUCUGCGGUGUGUUCGCCUCGCACUGCUCCCGGAGACCUACUUGCUAAAGAAUGUUGCAUCUGAGGAGCUUGUCAUGGGACACAAGGUGGGUCGUGAGAUUGUGGAAGAUGCUGUCCGUUGCAAAAUGAAGAUUCUUCAGAACGACGGAGUGGUCACAGGCUUCUGCGCCCAACCCCGGAAGGUCAGCCAAGCCCUACUGCUUCUUGGGGGCCAAACGUUCAUGUGCGACAAAAUUUACAUGAUUGAUCACAAAACAAAGGAGAUCACACCCAAAACAGACAUCCCCAGUCCUCGCAAAGAGUGUAGCGCUUGUGCCAUUGGCUGCAAAGUAUAUGUUACUGGUGGACGAGGGUCUGAAAAUGGGGCUUCAAAAGACGUUUGGGUAUAUGACACCUUACAUGAUGAAUGGUCCAAAGCUGCUCCAAUGCUCGUUGCUAGAUUUGGUCAUGGCUCAGCUGAACUUGACCACAUAUUGUAUGUUGUGGGUGGACAUACAUCCCUUGCAGGAUCAUUUCCUGCAUCCCCAUCUGUGUCUCUCAAACAAGUGGAACAGUACAACCCACAGUCCAAUAAGUGGACGUUAGUAGCUCCUCUUCGAGAGGGUGUGAGCAAUGCUGCUGUUGUAGGCGCUAAAAACAAGCUAUUUGCUUUUGGCGGAACAAGUGUCAACAGGGACAAGUAUCCGAAGGUUCAGUGCUUUGACCCCUGUGAGAACAGGUGGACUGUACCCACCACUUGUCCUCAACUCUGGCGUUACACAGCAGCAGCAGUUGUUGGCAAUCACAUUGUUGUAAUUGGUGGAGACACAGAGUUCUCCGCAAGCUCAGCUUAUCGCUUCAAUAGCGAGACGUUCCAGUGGACCAAGUUUGGGGAUGUCACUGCCAAAAGAAUCAGCUGUCACGCAGUAGCAUCAGGAAAUCGGCUUUAUGUGGUCGGGGGCUACUUUGGUGCGCAGAGGUGUAAAACAUUGGACUGCUAUGACCCCUCUACAGACUCCUGGGACAGCAUAACUAGUGUGCCAUAUUCACUUAUACCGACAGCGUUUGUCAGCACCUGGAAAUAUCUCCCAUCUUGAAGAAAAUAUGUCUCUUAUUUGAUCUUUAGCGUUCUCUGGAAUGCAGCGGAGUUAAUCCCCUCUCCCUCCUUGCACUGGAAACCAAGACUUGGGACAGGGUGAAUGAUGGAAGUGGAUCCAUGGCAACCGGAGCCCAUCCCAGCUCGCUUCACUUGGCCACGGCAAAUGAUCUGCUUGUAGCCAGAAAUGCAGAAAUGCUGUGAACGGAUGUGCACAUCAACCUUUUCCUCUAAUCAAGGGUGCAACUGCUUUAGUUUGCAUUACAUGGAUCCUUUGUGUUCAUAAGUUAAUUAUAAACUCUUGCCUCUGGUUGCUUAAACGCAUGAAACGGGACUCUUGGUUGACUCUGCAGGGUGAUCUUUGAAUGAGAAUAUUUACCCAUAAAACUGUUGAAAGUGGCACAAUUUUCAGGCUUUGCUGCCUUUAAUAUUUAGAAUAUGCUCUUUAUUGUCACCUUGAAUAUUUAAUAUAUUACACGGGAAUAUUCAAAACACUUCUCUGAUCUGCACUGGACACUGGUUAUCACAGUACUAGCCUGACUAGUUUCACACAAAACCUGUCAAGAUUGUUUUUUGGGUCAUAUUUAACCUCAAAAUCAAAAUAAAGAAUUAAUUACAUUUGGGAUAGAGAAAUUAAAGUCUGUUUUUGGACCAAAACUAUUUUCUUUUUACAUUUGGACAUCAUUUUCAUGACAAUGAAGCACAUUUCUCCCCCAAAUUAUCAUCACCAUAAUACUACAAAUAAUGAGUAUUAAUAAAUGACUGUAUUGGAGCAAUUGGAAUGACUCCAAAGUAAAAUGUCACAUGGACGCUUUAUGGUAAUAUUUAAAAUUAUGCAAAAAUAUCAGAAUUUUCUUCAUACAAAAAUACAUUUUUAGGUGAAAUGUGACCCGGACAUGUUUUCAACUAUUGUAUAAUGCUCGAAUUACAAUGUGAAGGACUGCUUUGAUGCUGAGGUGGUUUUAACAACUUAAGCUGUUCGGAUUUCUUCCUAAUAACUUUGUGCCAAAAGUUUGUUAUUUAAUAAUCUUUUCUUAGCGUGCACUAAUCUAGUGGACUUUAUAAUUGUGGUCGCUGUACGUGAGCUUUGAUUAUCUUCUAUUGUUUACAGUAUGAACAUUUUGCACAUUUUCUAAAGACACUGUCCUCAUUGUUGAAUGGUCAUCUACACUCAUAAAUGUGUUAUUCUUCAAUUUUAGACAUUAUAAUGUGUUGCCUGAGGCCAAAGAAAGCAGCACAGAUUUAUACAUGUUACCAGCUAAAAGUUGCAUUUGCAAGUUCGUUGUUUUGUGUUGUUAAACGUCUUAAUUAGCGUUCAAGUGCAUUUUUGCUCACUUUUUUUUUUUAUAUCACUUUCUUUUUUUCUAGCAUUUGUAUUUUAUUUUAUGUGACUGUUUUGCCAUUUUUAACAAUCUUAUUUGAUUUAAAGCCAAAUAUUUCUUCCUGUUGGACAAUAGUGCCCCACCCCCCAAUAAAAUAUGUCUGUG